AUGUCAUCGUCGACAUCGUCCUCGUCAUCUCACUCGCAAAGGUCACCGUUGCACGAGAGAUCAAACUCGGAGAAGAAUAAGCUGCAAAUCCGCGUCGUCCCUUAUACCCCUCCCAGGCUCGACGAGGUCGAGGCGGGCGACUCACAUGCGCGAGAAGCGGAAGCUGGGAACGAUGGCGCCCAUCAUACGGCCAUCAACCCAAGCGGCAGCGCCUCGACCGGACUCACACCCUACGGAAAGGAGGGCUACCAAGGGUUCACAUCAUGGUCGCCUUCGUCAACCUUAUCACCUUCGUCGCCCGCGAGCCCGUCGGCAAGGGUCCAGGGCAGCCGUGUUUCAGCAUCGAAACCGUCUUCCGACUCGUCUGGUGCUGAGUGUACCGCCCCACCAGCAGCCCCUGUUCUUAGCAAGGCCUCAUACGGCAGCAAUAUUAGACGCAUCAAUGCGCCGACACGGCAAUCUCGCCGCCAUGAGGACGACCCAGCUUCGCCUGCUUCGCCGACCUGGAGGAAAUCCAAGUACAGACGAGACAUCAACGUCCAUUCCGACAAGACCUUUUCUGUGGUGUUGAAGCCAGUGCACGCACGCUACUCCGACAGGUCCGAAUCGAGCUUGAGUCAACCUCCGCUCUCCAACACCUCUACAGUCAGCUCGCAUGAACGUAUUUCGUUUGAUGCGCCAAUUGAAGAUCUUCACAGCUCUCCGUUGAGCUCAGUCGCCGAGCGCAGUGUCUCGUCUUCCACACCAGCUUCUCCCACCGCCUCCACAGAGUUACCUGAAGAUCAUAUCACCUCUUCGCCCGAGAACUAUCGCCUAAUCGGUGGCCUACGCAAGGUUCCGAGGACGCCUGAUUUGAAGAACAAAGGCAAGGGCAAGGAAGUCGCAACACGACCACUACCACCACUACCAGAGGCGCCAACCACACCACCAAAGACCGAACCGUCCCACGUGGUAGCAACGAAGUCGUCCUUCAGUUCCGAACUAAGCGCGUCGACCGUUGAGGAGACUACUAAUUACAAAGUACUUGGCCGCAGUUCCCCACCUCUACCAGAUUCCGACAGCAUCUACGCACCUCCGUCGUCAAGCAGCCCAAACUACAAACUUCUGGGACGGUCUUCUCCGCCUAAACCUUUCGUCUCAUCUCCUCCUCGCCCGCAGGGAUCCGUUGACACACCAUCAAGUCAAAAUUUUGCUGUCCCAAGCGACAUCGACACACCGGGAAGCAAAAACUUCAUAGUGCACCGCAACAUCGAUACACCCAGAAGCCGAAACUUCAUAGCCUACAGCGAUAUCGAUACUCCACAGAGUCAAGACCUUAUUGGCUACUCCGACGUUGACACCCCAGGUAGCAGAAAUUUCGUUGUUCACGGCAAUCCGUCCGCUUCGUCCUCAGUAUAUGCCUUCGCCCGUCGACCUCGACGCUAUUCAUCCGACGACAGUCUUCACGAGAUAUUAGCAAAGUACUCGCAGGAGAGUCUUGUGAUAGCUCCACUCGAAGCGCGAAAAAGACCGUUGUCCGAGAGGUUUGGCCAUUAUAAGCAGAAUUCGCGAGACUCUCUUCGAGGACGCGCGGACUCGUUUUCUUCCAUAUCGAGCAUCGUCAGCCAGGACACCCCGAAUAUCGUGCGGUUCCAUAGCACGGCCUCAAUCUCGUCGAUACCGCAAACUUCAUGGGCAGGACCGUCAAGACCGUCAAGUGUCGGAACAAGCAGGGCACUGAUGGAUACACAUCAAUGGAGUUCACAGCUGUCCACAGUGCCGUCCGAAUACGAGGGGACCGAACGCAGUUCGCGGGUUAUCUCGAUCGGUUCGUUGCCGGACAGAAGUAGUAGCGCCCGCGGGAGCCGGAAUAGCAGGCAAAUACGGAGUAUUUCGUCCUCGAUACUCGAAAACCUGGAGCCAUCACAAUCGCAUUCGAGAUCGAACUCUCGAUCCGAUUCCUUAGAAAGACCAGCACCCGUUUUCGCGAGAGGCGCGCGAGAGCUUCCGAGCCCGCCACUGCGCACGGAGCCGUCUGGGAUUUUCCUCACGCCAAUCAUCCAACAGAAGCUUGCGUUCGUCAGCCAGCUCGCGUUCUGGAAGUAUUCACACCUCUAUCCCAGCAUGGGCAAGACUAUAUUAUGGCAGUGGCGAAAGACGUUGGCUAGCAGCACCGUCGAUGAGAUCCGAAGGAGGCGAAAGUCGACCAGGAAGCUCGUGGGCGGCAAGCGGUUCCCCGUCUCUGGACGACGUCGCCAGUAA